CCUUACAAUGAGACGUGAGCUGUUGGCUUACCACGUGAAUGCCAUCAAGAUGGCACAUCCAGUAGUGAAUUGUGGUUCUUUUCUUGGUCAGAGCUUUAUUGAUCAAGCACCAGUUACAUUCGCCAUGCCGACAAGACAAGACAAAACAAAGGACAUGGAUCCAAAAUUCGUAGAUGAACAAGAAGACAUAUUGCAAGACAUUGUACAGAAGAACAAGUUUGGUGGUCACAUGAUGUUGGCGGAGAAAACCCAAAUAGACUGACUUUUUGUGUUGACAACACGAUCAGACACUGGCAGUCCGGAUCUAGUGCUAAUGAAGGUGAAGGAGAUAUAUGUAGUAAUGGUGCGGUCACUGUGGAGUCAACGAGAUGCUAUUCCUUUACCGUGGGCAGUUCUCGAUAAAUUGUUAAGCAGGGUGUCUCAACUGGAUGGCAACGAAGGCAAAAUACUCGACAUUGAAGAAGUAUGUGAGUUGGCUCGAAAAUUCUGUGACAUUAUGACACGAAGAGAAUGUCGAUCGGCACUGCAGUAUUUAUCAAGUUUGAGUACAAUUGCAUUUUAUUCUAAUGUGAGUGAGUUAGAUACGAUCUUCACUGAUCGGCAGUGGCUGUUUGAUGUUCUCAAUAUUUGUGUUCCCAUCCUCGAUAAGAGCAACUUGCCACCAGGUAUUUGGGAAGAUCUGAAGAAAUUGAAAUAAGAAGGAAUGAUGUCAUGGUCAUUGGCUCACUAUCUGCUGCUGCAGAAGGGUGUCAAGGCAAAGUCAGUUUGAGUCCAUUCUGUAAGUUUUGCAUUUAUUUGACAUCAUCUGUCCUAUGAUUACAUCACCAGAGAUGCUCAAGGCUGAUCUGAAGGUUGGACAGUCAUUCUUUGUUUCUUGCUUGCUGGAACAGAGAUAUGAUAACAAGUUGGCAUGGCAACAGAUGACCAUCUCCACUUCCUGUCCUCCAUCUCUUAUCUUUUGUCCCGAAUGAUUUGAUGCAACUUCCGAGCUGAUUUGCUUUUGCCUGGUAUCUCUUUGUGCCAGUGAAUACGCUCAUCGUCCCAUGCUGAAAAGAGUUUGUGCUGUCUUUCACAUGAGUGAUGAUCUUGAGCUCGAUCUGGAACUGGUUUAUCAUAAACUGCGUUACAUUAUUGCUACUGUCUACUCUCCGGAUGAUGAAAUUUCUACAAAUGAGCUGAAACAACAAUGUAGCAUUAUAUUGUCAUCAGUUUCUUAUUUGUCAGCUAAAUGAGGUCAAGAAAAUACGAUUGGAUGGCAUCAAAUUUACUGUUUGUGUUAAACUUUCACCAACUGAAGCCGAAGUAGCUGAUUUAAUAGAUGACGAUUGUCUUGUGUGCAUUGAUGAAUAUCUACAGAAAAAAGUUUGAUAAACAGGAAGAAUGAGCAUGUGCCACGAAAGCAGUUUCCUACCUUGGAUCUCUGGUUUAAUGAUGCAGGGAAAGUCUCAGAUGUUGCAAUUGGACGCGAUGCAAGACAACAAGAUGAGCCACAGACAAUUGGAGUAUACAGCUCUACACUAUGCGAGUGCUGGUGGUCAUGUGUCUAUUAUGAAGAGAUUGGUAUCUUCUGGUUGCGACCAACAUGUCAAAAACUUUGAUGGAGAGACAGCUUUACACGUUGCUAGUAAUGUUGAGGUUGUUGAUUAUCUUUUGAGAAUUGGUCUCAACAUUGAAGAUUGCGAUACGUGGGGCUAUACACCAUUUCUUCAGGCAUGUCGUGAUUGUUGUUUACCUGUAGUACGACGUCUUAUUCAGUCAAAGUGCAACAAAGCAGCAACAACUAAGUGUGCAGUGCUUUUGCAUGCGAGAUCGCAGGAGAACGUGAGCACUUGAGAGGGCUGGGAGAAGGAGCGGUUCUUGGGUCAUUGCUAUUUGUUUGAGUUCGGAAUUAGGUGUGAAAAUUUGUUUUGUUAUUACCCUAGCAGAAUCUCACAGUCAUUAACUCUAACAAUCUACUUACAAUGAUUUGAGAAGCAGGCAGUUCAUUAUGCUUAUACCUAGAAAGUCUAAGUCUUCAUGCAAGUGCAGAAUUUUAUGCAGCAAUUCUAAGCCAAGAUGUGACAAACACAACUAAACAGGAACUGCACCUGAUGCUUCAUCACUGGUUGUGCUAUUGUGGAAACUGACGGUCUUUGGCUUUUAUAUAUGUUUCUUGGCAACAAGCUCUUCAUUUUGGCCACUUGACUGAGGUGACAAAGACUGAAAUUACUGAAAUGUAUGUGAGGACUUUGUCGUAAUUGUGAUUCAAGAAGGAAGGAAGUCAAAGAAUCACUUUGAUGUCACGUUGCCGUCAAGAUGGCAAAUCUGAUUGCAAGCAUGCUCUGAAGCAAGUUGACUGAUGUACAACACUGUUUAGAAGAGUUUGCACCCUAGCAUCUCACAAGCUAUAAAUACAUUUGCUUAGCUCAUUUAUUGUUAACUCUUACAUCUGCAGUUGUAAUAAUGUUUUUUGCUGUGUUUGUAUUAGCAUUCUUAUCACUGAUUAACUGUCUUUGUCAGACCAUCGGUUUUGAUUUGAGUGGUUUCAAUAUAGAGCUCUUUUUCUGAACUAGCGUGGCAUAGUG